AUGGAGUCCAUGAAACGAUCGCCGACAUUCCUUGUGGGCACGGUGCAGCAGAAAGACAUCCUCGGAGAGUUUCAAAAAAGGGAGCAGCAUUACACGGAGGAGUACUCUAAGAACAAGCCGUUGUGCUUCAGCGCGAGGGCCUUCCAGCAGCCGCAUCCAGCAAAAGUCCGAAUGGGCUACAAGGAUGCCGAUGCCACGCUGACUUCUCCUAUGCUGUUGGGUGUUUGUGACGGAGUAUCGCAACUAGAGGAGUUUCAAAUGGACCCGUCGCUGCUGCCAAACGAGCUGUUGCGAACGUGUGAGGAACUCGCGAUGCUGCAGCUUAUGCCCGACACGAACAUUGCACCACAAGACCAGUACAGAGGUCCUAUUUCCCUUCUCAAAGAAGCGUAUCAGGAGACAACUAGCUAUGGGUCCACCACGGUCCUGUUAGCAGCGCUCGACAACAGCACCAGGAUCCACGGGAAGUUGCAUCCCAUGAUCGCGGUCCUGUCGAUCGGCGACUGUGAGUUGCUGAUGCUGAGAAGGACCAACGGGCGACAGUCUGAAUUAGAGGCAGUUUUCCACACCGAGAUGCAGCGAAUCGACUACAACGUGCAGACGCCGCUGCAGCUCGCGCGCGUCGACGAACGCAUCGACGAGGAGUUCGAUGAGUCCAUCGCACUCGAGGCCAGCAUCUCUGUGCGUAUUCUCACUUUUCAUGCUCAUGUGCUGACGCAGACAUACAGCAUGCUGAAGGGCUUCGCUUUCAAGAUUCUGGCGCCGAAGGACAUCACUGGGGUGUUGAACAUGAUUGGCGUGCAUCCAGCCGUGGCUGCAGACAACAUAGACAGGCCUUCUGCAGACAAUGCCAUGGCUUUCUUCAACGCUCUUGCAGAGUUUGCCUAUGACAUGGACUCCCAACAAGUGAAGGCACAGAUGCCUGCCGUGACACCUCACCCAGAAAUCUAUGACGAGGCCAUGGAUUUCCUGACCAUCUUCAAGCUCUCAAGGCAGCUUGCAAUGAUAAACCUCGUGGACGACUUUAACUUCAAGGACUUCUGGGAUCCAGUGCCGAAGCGGUUUCGAGCGCUGCUGAGUGGCAUGAUCAACUUCUGCCGGUAUAAAGAGGCGAAGGUGGUAGUCAUCACUGGCAUGAAGGAGGACGUGCAAGCUUUGGACUCUACGAGAUUGGAAAUGGUGGACAAGCUGAACCAGGUUGAUGCAGAGCUUUCUGCUGCACAAGACCGUCACAACGCUGAGCUGCAAGACAUGUGGACUGCCGAGAACGAGGCUGCAGAGGCGAAGGCCAUCAACGACAAGCUCACACGACAGCGCAACUCUGCAGACCGCGUUGUGGAAGAUGCAGAAAGAAAGCGGACAUCUGUGAAGGAGCGAGUCCGGCAAGGAGAACAGCGAAUUGAGCAGUUGCGGGAGCAGGUCACUGCACUGCAGAGCCAGAUUGCUGAGAGCCCCGAGGGCUUGGAGAAGGAGAUCGAAGAGCUGAAGAGUGGUGUGUGCCAGCUGAAGGCAGUGCUUGAAGAAAAAGCCAACCAGCGCAGGGCGCAUUCUCAGCGAGAUCAGGUUGUCUGCAGGCUGCUCAGGCAUCUUGAGAGCUACAAGGAUGAGCUGACCCGUGUCGGAAGUGUUGCAGCGAACGCCGAGAAUGCAAAGCAGCGUGCAGCUGCCGCGAGAGAAGAUUUAGCAAACCUGCGGCAGUCUCUCGAGGCUACCAAGCAAGACGGCACUGAGCUCGAGCAGUCCUUGAAAAGUGUUGUGGUGGACAACGAGAGAGCCAAGCAGGUGCAUGCUGAACGCAUGGAGCAGUUGGAGGUACGGCGACAAGCAGCUCUGCUGCAGCACCAAGAACUGCAAGCAAAGCGGUCAGAGGAGCAGCGACAGCUUCACCAGCUACAGUCGCAACGUCUUGAACUGGAAGCCGAGGUCGCUGCCGUUCGACGCGCGCACGCAGCUGAGAUGGGAGAACUCCGUGUGACGUGGAAGGCUGUCAUUGAUAAAGCAGAGUCCUACAACCUCUCCUUGGAUGCUCUUUUUCAUGAGCACUGUCAUGAAGACGGCACAGUGCUCUGA